ACGAUUACGCAUCCUUAAAAUGUAUUAUGUAAAGCAAGGGAGACAACUCUGCCGUCGUUACAUUAAAAACUGGCACGAUGAGUGGAAACAACCUUGUAGCUGUGGUGUCUGGGUCCAACAAAGGCAUAGGAUUUGCCAUAGUACGCGGACUUUGUAAACAGUUCAAGGGUGAUGUCUUUUUAACAGCUAGAAAUGAAGACCUUGGUCUUAAAGCCGUAGCGGACCUGGAAAAGGAGGGCUUGCACCCUAAGUUUCACAUUCUGGACAUCACAAAGCCGAAAACCAUCGCUGACCUGAAAACAUUCCUGGAGGACAAGUACGGAGGGCUGGACUUACUGGUCAACAACGCUGGUGUGGCCUACAAAGGUGCAUCUACGGCUCCGUUUGCGGAACAGGCCGAGGUCUCCGUUCGAACCAACUUUACAGGAACGCUUGACGUGUGUGAAGCACUAUUCCCAAUACUUCGGCCACACGCAAGAGUUGUCAACGUCUCUAGCAUGGUUGCACCAAUGGGAUUGAAAAAGUGUAGUGCUAAUUUGAGGAAACAAUUUGUUGAUCCUAACCUGUCUAUGGCCGCCCUGAAAGUUCUUAUGCAGGAGUUUGUGGACGCAACCAAAACAGAUUCUCACCAGACAGCGGGCUGGCCCAACACAGCCUACGGGACGUCAAAGAUCGGAGUGACUACCAUGUCCCUCAUCCAACAGCGCGAGCUCCUCAAGGACACUAGGCCGGACCUCGUGGUCAACGCGUGUUGUCCGGGCUAUGUGGAUACUGACAUGACAUCACACAAAGGAACAAAGACUAUCGAUCAAGGGGCAGAUACUCCUCUCUACCUGGCUAUGUUACCGCCGGAUACAAUCAGCCCGAAGGGAAAUCAUGUCUCUGAACGAAAGAUCGACAAUUGGGAAUAAGACAGGAUAUAGGAAAAAAUUAAACGGAUCAACAGACGAAGCAUUUUAUUUUGAAAGUAAUCGUCUGGUGUUAAGUUUAAAGUUCAAGAAAUUAUGAAUUCAGUAAAUCAAAAUAUAAUUGGACUAAGAUGUAUCUGUCGGACUGCUCCUUAUGUAUCAUAUGUUGCCUUGAAAUGCAACUUGUAGCAAGGAAAAAAACAAGCCUCUAAACGAAAGAUCACCAGAAAGGACAAAGAAGAGUCUAGGGAUUUAUUAAAUGGACCAAAAAGGCGAACCUAGUUGAGUUGAAACAUUAUCAAGUUUUAAAUUUCGGAAAUUAUGAAAUCAGUAAAUUGUGCUUAUCUUGCAUUUUGUUUUCAAACUAUAGUCAUACUGACGAUGUACUAAAUACCUUGAUGCUGUUUCCAUACCUGUUUAUUUCGAACUGCUCGCUUGUGUAUCACAGAUACUCCACUCCACCUUGCUAUUUUACCUGCAAAUACAACUUGUAGAAAAGGAAACCUAGAGUCGAGUGAUGGAUUGAAUUGGCAAAAACGGCAAACCAAGUUAAGUUGUAACACAGGCGCCUGUUUUAAGUUUAAAGUUUAUGAAACUAUGAAUUCAGUGAAUUUUGCUUAUCUUGCUUUUUUCAAACUAUAGGCGGACUGACAUUGUACCCUGUUGGUGGUUAAGUGAGCUGCUACUAAAAACUGUUAACAAAUUUCCCUUUUAAGUAAGCGUUUCUUUUUUCUCUCUUAAUUAUUGGAUUAAACUUUCCACAGACUUCUGGAUAAUGUAAACAAAUAAUUUGAAGAAACAUGCAACAGUUAAACCGGAGAAGGCUAACAUUGUUAUUCCGUCUUUGCGUAUUGCAGAUUUAUCUUCUCCUGAGGGCAGAUAUGGAUUGUUACGUCAUUUGUAUGUGAUAGUUACAUCAGCAAUUUUUGAGAAAACGACGUAAUUUUCUCACACAAACCAAUGACGUAACAAUCAAUACCUGCUCUCAGGAGAAGAUAACUCUGCAAUACGCAAAGACGGAAAAGGUUGUUCUAAUCAUUUUACAAUUUGUAAUAUAUAGUUUAUACAUUUAUUUUUGUAAAUAAAGAUGUGUUGUGUCCCAUUCUACAAUCUUAAUGAGCAUCAUGUAUAUUUUGAUAGAUAUUGUGUUUUCCAUUUUUAUUUACAACAAAUAAAAUAUUUUGCAAAGAA